GAGUGGAUAACCUAAGCUACUAUUUAUAUGCAUAUAUAUAUUCUUCUCAGGUUUACCUCGAGUCAAGUGAAGAAACAGUAGUAUUUACCAUAACCGAUCCAAACAAUUAUCCUUUAUAGAAUUAAAGAUGGGUACACUAGAUAGAGUUGAUAAUUUCCCAUGGAAAAUGACUCCUUAUGUUGUAACUUGUUGGUUACUAGCUGCUUGUGGUGGCCUCAUGUUUGGUUAUGAUAUUGGCAUUUCAGGUGGAGUGACAGGAAUGGAUGAUUUUUUAAAAGAAUUCUUCCCAAAAGUGUACGAAAGAAAACAACAUGCGCAUGAAAACAAUUACUGCAAAUUUGACAAUCAAUAUCUUCAGCUAUUCACAUCAUCUUUGUAUCUGUCAGCACUUGUAUCAAGUUUUGUGGCAUCAAAAGUUUGCUCAGUUAAAGGGAGAAAACCUUCAAUUUUGAUUUCAGCUGUGUUUUUCUUGGCUGGUUCUGCAUUAAGUGCACUCUCUCAAACUCUUUGGAUGGUCAUUAUUGGCAGAGUUCUUAUGGGUGUUGGCGUUGGUUUUGGUAAUGAGGCAGUGCCUUUGUUUUUAUCCGAGAUAGCACCAGUCCAACACAGAGGAGCAGUAAACAUUCUGUUCCAACUUCUGGUAACUGUUGGCAUACUGAUUGCUAACCUUGUCAACUUUGCAACCUUAAACUUACACCCUAUAGGAUGGAGGGUAUCCCUUGGACUAGCCGUAGUUCCUGCUAUUUUACUACUAAUUGGCGGUAUCAUCAUCACCGAAACCCCUACAAGUUUAAUCGAGAGAGACAGGAUUGAUGAAGGUCGUAAAGUGUUAAGAAAAAUAAGGGGAAUUGACCAAGUUGAAGCAGAGCUUCAACAGAUAAGGGAAGCAUGUGAUCAGGGGAAGUUAGUGAAGCACACUUACAAGGAAUUAAGGAAGAAACAAAGUGUUCCUCCUCUUGUUAUUGGGAUUCUAAUGCAAGUUUUCCAACAAAUGACUGGGAUUAAUGCAGUCAUGUUUUAUGCUCCUAUUUUGUUUCAAACUGUAGGGUUUAAGAGUCAUGGCUCGCUUCUUUCUGCUGUCAUUAUCGGCCUUGUUAAUGUGUUUAGUACCUUGGUUUCUAUUUUUGGUGUUGACAAGUUUGGAAGAAGGGUGUUACUACUUCAAGCUUGUGUUCAAAUGUUUGUGAGCCAGACUGCAAUCGGAAUAAUACUGAUAGUGAAGUUAACAGACACAAAUAGUCUGCCAAAGGGAGCAGGAAUCCUAGUAGUGUUACUAACAUGCAUGUUUGUCAUGUCUUUUGCAUGGUCAUGGGGUCCAUUAGGGUGGUUAAUACCAAGUGAAAUAUUUCCUGUUGAAACAAGAACAGCAGGUUUUGCAUUUGCAGUGAGUUCAAACAUGAUGUUCACCUUCCUAAUCGCGCAAGCCUUUUUAUCCAUGCUUUGUCACAUGAGAGCAUAUAUCUUCAUCUUCUUCUCGGUGUGGAUUGUUGUCAUGGGUUUGUUCGUCGUCUUCCUCUUGCCGGAGACUAAAGGUGUUCCUAUUGAUGCUGUUGCUGACCGAGUUUGGAAGAAGCAUCCUGUGUGGAAGAGGUUUGUCGAUGAAGAUAACAAGUAUGAAAAUGGGCCAUGAGAUUGGGAAAUUUUAUUCAAUUUUUGUUUCGGUUUUGUACAAUUUUUCUAGAAAUCUAUUUUUGAGGAACCUUUUUUUUGACAUUUCUCCUCUGAAAGUGCUUUGGGUGUUAAA